GAAUGGGGACGGGAAGGACUGUCGGAAGCGAGUUGCGCUCACUCUAGCCGCUGGUGUACUUUCCGGGAGUUAAGUUCCGUGGCUACAGGCGCUUUACUUUCCGAAGACCUGGAGACUGCUGACAAUCCGGGCCGGAAAGACAAUGAGUGACUGUCACUCAUUCUUUUACCUGCGAAGCUUAAUCAAUUAGGACGUUGCUUCCCAGCUUCUUAAGCUCACGUUGUAGCUUCUCAAGCUCACGUUGUAGCUUCUCAUUUAGUUUAGCGUAAUGUCUGUAUAGUGAGCUUGCUUGGGGGUAAUAAUACGCCUAUUUCUAUCCUCUGGAGACCCUCACCAAAAUGAAGAAUCCCUCUCCCAGGGGGGCUUCUUUUUAGGCAGCUAAUUUUAAAACAAAUCUUGGCUCAGAUUUGAAUGUUUGCUUCAGUGUUUUAUUUCCUAUCAGAGUUAAUGGUAAUAUCUCUUUUCUAGUGUGUAUUAGUUUUCGCUUGAUUUUAAUGUCACAACUAAGAAUAGUUGCUGUGGGAGCCAUUUGUCUACCAUCGUUUAUAUUGUAAUGCAAAUGAUCUCCAGAACGAGAGCCGAAGUUCCCAAAAACACUUCAGUUAAACUUAGUUUUGGAGGCAAAAGAGUUAGAUUCAGAAUUCAAUAUUUUGGUGAUUAAAAAAAUUGUAUCUACCAUAUUCUUUUGUAGGAAAGGAUACUGACUUUGGUUCAGAGAGACAGUAUAUUUGUGUUUCUGUUUUAUUAAUGUUCGUUUCAGAGCAGCAAUCUCGAAUUUAUAUCUUUAUUAUAUGGGCUUCUGUUUAGACCCACAAGUAGCCAGUACAUUCUUUUCUGUACUGUACAUUUUGUAUGUAGUAUGUGCAUUGACCCCAGUGCCUUCCUCAUUUCUAGUUUUCCUGUCUGUGGAUUGCUUAUGCACAGCUUGACAGCUGUGACUCUCUUCGGCAUAUGGAUAUAACAUCUUAGUUUGGGUUAGGAGAAGCUAUCAGCAUGUAGUUCUUCAAGUUUGAAUGAAAGUGGAUUAUUUUUAAAUUCGGAUUCUUUCUACUAAUCCAGAUACUUGUUGAAGUGCUGACUAGUUUCUUGGGGAAAGAUGUGGAGGAAGAGUUCAAAUUCCUAGACUGGUGAGCAGAGAUUGCAGAGUACAGAAUAGCCAUCAUCCCCUCUGGCAUAAGAUGCACAUUUUUCUGCUCUGAAGCCGGGAAUGAAAUAUUCUUGAGUUCUUAAAACUUUAUGAGGAGACCCCUGUGUGGUGCUAUUGAGAAAUUCAUUGGGAAGUUUGAAGACAUUUCAAACAACAGGUUGUUUUGGUUUCUGCAGUACAACUGUACUACAGAGGCAUUCUAUUUUGUGAAUGGAGGAAGGUCCACCUGCGCAGUUGAGGACCUGAGCACCAAGCUCAAACCCUAGGUUGUUUCAAACAACAGGUUGUUUUGGUUUCUGUAGUACAACUGUACUACAGAGGCAUUCUAUUUUGUGAAUGGAGGAAGGUCCACCUGCGCAGUUGAGGACCUGAGCACCAAGCUCAAACCCUACGAGAAGGACUGACGCCAUGUGCCUCACUUCCUGAUGCCCCUCAAGCCACACACGGUACUCCUCAGCCAGGACUGCACCAUGACCUGCGCCUUUCUUGGGAACCCACAGCAACCCUCUACAAGGGCGACAUCAAUAUCACGGCCAACUCCAAGUUGUGGUACAACUCUACCAGCAGCGUGUGCACCCUCGUCAUCCCCACCUGCACGCUCAAGGACAACGGCGAUUACAGCGUGCUGGUGGAGAAUGAGCUGGGCAAGGACCGCAGCAGCUGCACGCUCACUGUCUACGACAAAGAUGACAAGUCAAUUGUAGCAUCCAUCGCCGAGAGUCUGCAGAAGAAAUCAAAGCAUCUUAUGUGAGCUCCAGCCCAGCCUAGGCGUCAGGAGACCAUUAUGAUGUGGAGCUUCUUGGCCUGUCCUCUGCAUGGACCGGUGUAGGAAGCCCAGUUUGCUGUCUGGUGCUUGUCAGUGUAAACAUUCAGUGAAGGGAUGGAAAACUUGUAUGCUGUGGUUAACUGGUUCCCAGACUCCGAGAGUCUUGUUUUACAUGGUGUAAAACUUACUCAGCAUCAGGAUAAGGGAUAACGACUCUAUGGAUAUACAGAAUCCUUCACCAGGGUAAAACUCCCAAACCCGCUUUAUACUGAGUGGAUUUUGGAGGCCAUCAAAAAAGUGAAAAAGGAUAAACAGUGUCAUUCAGAAGAAAGGAUAUGGAGCGCAGUGUCUUCAUCCCAUGGCUUGGAUCAUAAAACUGUUUUAGAACAAUUAGAGUUGAGUGUUAAAGAUGGAACAAUUUAAAAAGUCUCAAAUAAAGGACUCAAUUCCUAUAAAGAUCCUGAUAAUCCUGGGCGAAUAGCACUUCCUAAGCCUCGGAACCAUGGAAAAUUGGAUAAUAAACAAAAUGUGGAUUGGAAUAAACUGAUCAAGAGGGCAGUUGAGGGCUUGGCAGAGUCUGGUGGCUCAGCUUUGAAAAACAUUGAACGUUUUUUGAAAGGUCAGAAGGAUGUGUCUGCAUUAUUUGGAGGCAGUGCAGCCUCUGGCUUUCACCAGCAGUUACGAUUGGCUAUCAAAUGUGCCAUUGGCCAUGGCAGACUCCUUAAAGAUGGACCUCUUUAUCGGCUCAACACUAAAGCUACCAGUGUGGAUGGGAGAGAGUUGUGAGUCUCUUUCCUGUUUACCUCCAGUGUCCCUUCUUCCACAUGAAAAGGAUAAGGUAUUGCUGUCCUCUUGGGUUCCACUUUGGAUUUUGAACCCCUGUAUUUUCAAAACCCCUUUUUCCAAUGAAAAUGCUCUGUUAUUAAAAAGGAAGAAAUUGUCUUUCUGAAACUGACAUCACGAUGCUCACAGAUUUUAUGCUGGUUCUCAUCGUCCUUGGCAUCCCUUCCUCAGCCACUGCAGGGUUCAGUUCAAUCGCCGAAAAUGAAGAUGCCCUCCUCAGACAUUUGUUCCAAGGUUAUCAGAAAUGGGUCCGCCCUGUAUUGCAUUCUAAUGACACCAUAAAAGUAUAUUUUGGAUUGAAAAUAUCCCAGCUCGUAGAUGUGGAUGAAAAGAAUCAGCUGAUGACGACCAAUGUGUGGCUCAAACAGGAAUGGACAGACCACAAGUUACGCUGGAAUCCUGAUGAUUAUGGUGGGAUCCAUUCCAUUAAAGUUCCAUCAGAAUCUCUGUGGCUUCCUGACAUAGUUCUCUUUGAAAACGCUGACGGCCGUUUCGAAGGCUCCCUGAUGACCAAGGUCAUUGUGAAAUCAAACGGAACCGUUGUCUGGACCCCUCCCGCCAGCUACAAAAGCUCCUGCACCAUGGACGUCACGUUUUUCCCGUUCGACCGGCAGAACUGUUCGAUGAAGUUUGGAUCCUGGACUUACGAUGGCACCAUGGUCGACCUCAUUUUGAUCAAUGAAAAUGUUGACAGAAAAGAAUUCUUCGACAAUGGAGAAUGGGAAAUACUGAACGCAAAGGGGAUGAAGGGGAACAGAAGGGACGGCGUGUACUCUUAUCCCUUUAUCACCUAUUCCUUCGUCCUGAGACGCCUGCCUUUAUUCUAUACCCUCUUUCUCAUCAUCCCCUGUCUGGGUCUGUCUUUCCUAACAGUUCUUGUGUUCUAUUUACCUUCUGAUGAAGGAGAAAAACUUUCAUUAUCCACAUCGGUCUUGGUUUCUCUGACAGUUUUCCUUUUAGUGAUUGAAGAAAUCAUCCCAUCGUCUUCCAAAGUCAUUCCUCUCAUUGGAGAGUACCUGCUGUUCAUCAUGAUUUUCGUGACUCUGUCCAUCAUUGUAACCGUGUUUGUCAUUAACGUUCAUCAUAGAUCUUCUUCCACUUACCAGCCCAUGGCCCCCUGGGUUAAGAGGCUCUUUCUGCAGAAACUUCCAAAGUUACUUUGCAUGAAAGACCACGUAGAUCGCUACUCAAUUCCAGAGAAAGAGGAGAGUCAACCAGUAGUGAAAAGCAAAGUCCUUGAAAAAAAGAAACAUAAACAGCUUAGUGAUGGAGAAAAAGUUCUGGUUGCUUUUUUGGAAAAAGCUGCUGAUUCCAUUAGGUACAUUUCAAGCCAUGUGAAGAAAGAACAUUUUAUCAGCCAGGUAGUACAAGACUGGAAAUUCGUCGCUCAAGUUCUAGACCGAAUCUUCCUGUGGCUCUUUCUGAUAGUGUCAGUUACAGGCUCAGUUCUGAUUUUUACCCCUGCUUUGAAGAUGUGGCUACAUAGUUACCAUUAGGAAUUUAAAAGACAUAAAGACUAGAUUACACGUUAGAACUGACAUCUGACUGUCGCACAGACAGAAUCUAAAUGCACGAGCUUGUUCUACAAACCCCGAUCACAUAGUCUUCGUGGAAAUGGAACACCCCCUCACCAGAGAAGCUCUAGAAAAUGUGCUCAUUUGUGGUUGCUGUCAGAGUGAGCUGCUUUGAAGGAAAGUGGAACCUCCUCAGGCCCCUGCCUUGGCUUCCCGAGACAUUCAGGGAAGGAUCAUAAAUCCAGGCUUGGCCUCAUAGCCAGAGUGCACGAAAAGGUGUUGCCACUUGGUGGACAAACACCUCCUGGAAGUAGCAGGCCUUGGUGGGGGGAGGGGAGAUCCACCUGGAGUUUAAGGCAGUCUCUGCAUCUAGCUAUCUGUGUGGGCAGAGCCUGGAUCUCCCACCUGCCCUGUCCUCCUGGGGCUCUGUUGUGCUUCUGUAGUGAUGGGCCAGGCAAAUCUCAACAAGGAUUUGGGGAUUACACUGACAGGACAGCUGGCACUGCACAUUUAGUAACACAGAUUCCAAGACGCUUGGCCUACUGAGGCAGGUUAUUCAUGGUUUAUUCACAGCAUGAUAAGACUUUCAGAUGGUGAAACUGGAGCCCACUGUGAGCUGUCACUUGCUUUGAGGUCAUGCAUACCAAAAUAACUCACAAUAGAAACAAAGUCCUUUGCUGCCAGAAGUGCAUUCAUUAAUACUCAUUAUCUUUUCCUAGCAAACUAGGGUACAGAGCAUUCUCUGAUAAUGGUUUCUGAUGUCACCUCCUCUAAUCAGAUCCAUACCAGCAGUAUCCCCUAGGCUCCCCAUUCUGCUUCCCUGUCUCCUGGCACCUGGGUGGACUUCACCCCCACCCACCAUCAUUCCUUCUGUAGGACUCUGAGGGGAGUCUGCUCAGGUUCUUCUUGCCUUCCAAAAUUGCUGCUGCCGCCAAAUCCUUCCUGAAUUUUAGCUUAAAGCAAUUGUUCUCUUUGCCCAGUUAUAAAUCCAAAUUCCUCUCUGGAGUACUUUUAGGCAUGGCUCUUGCAAGCAGUUUGCAAUCCAGGGCACCGUGGUGGCUCACACCUGUCACCCUAGCAGUUUGAGAGGUCAAACCAGCAGGAUUGCUUGAGGCCAGGAGUUUGAGACCAGCUUGGUCUCUACAGCAAGACCCUGUCUCUACAAAAAAUUAAAAUUUUAAAAAUUUUAAAUGGUGAUAUAUGCCUAUAGUCGCAGCUACUCAAGAGGCUGAAAUUCCCAUUUCAGGAUCAUUUGAGUCCAGGAGUUGGAGGCUGCAGUGAGCUAUUAUUGCUCCACUGCAUUCCAGCCUGUGCGACAGAGCAAGACCCAGUCUCUUAAAAAAAAUCUAAGUGGCCAGGUGCAGUGGCUCACACCUGUAAUCCCAGCACUUUGGGAGGCCCAGGCAGGUGGGUCAUGAGGUCAGGAGUUCGAGACCAUCCUGACUAAUACAGUGAAACCUUCGUCUUUCCUAAAAAUACAAAAAAUUAGUCGGGUGUGGUGGCCACACACCUGUAAUCCCAGCUACUCUGAAGGCUGAGGCAGGAGAAUUGCUUGAACCCAGAAGGUUGAGUUUGCAGUGAGCCAAGAUUAUGCCUCUGCACUCCAGCCUGGGAGACAGGGCAAGACUCUGUCUCAAAAAAAAAAAAAAAAAUCUAAGCAUGAAACAUCUUCACAUAUUGUUACCACUAAUGUAUUUUGUCUUAUUAAUGCCAUUUAGUUUGUGUUUUCUGUAUAACGUUUUCUUGUUCUUACAUCUUUUUCAGCCUUGGUCAACUUUGUAGUUUGUCCAUUCCUUCUUUACUUUUAGUGGCUUGAAACUCACAUGUCCACUUUUAUUAAUUUAUUAAUAAACAUUCAAAUUUUUUAAA